CUGGGCACCCCGGUGCCCCCGCUGUUCCAUGUACACUCAUUCACUGGGCAAGUGUUCUCUGAGUGCCAGCUCUGUGCCAGGCCUGGGGUUGGGUACGGCUGUAGACAACAACAGUAAUAGUACAGCGCGAUCUGCCGGGGGCGGAGCAGGGGUGAGCCCUGUCGCAGCGCUGACUUCCUCAGUCCUCAAUAACCCACAAUGCAGGAACUUGUGGUUUUGUCCCCAUUUUACAGAUGAGGGGUGGGGGACAGGGAGCCCACCCAGGAGGGGGCAUUUUGGAUGAGAGCAGCUGUGGCUGAGGUGGCAGGUGGAGGGAAGGGCUCAGGCAAAGGGACAGGACACUGGGAAAGUAAGAGGCUGCCGAGGGGCCUGGAGAGUGGAGUGUGGGCCCCAUGUGGCAGGAACCGUGUCUGGUUCGUGGCUGUGACCCCUGCACAGGACCAGGUAGACCGUAGGUGCUCAAUAGAUGGGGAGUUAAGAAAGGAACAAGAUCAAGGAGGGGUGGGGAUGCCUGGGCCAGCGGCACGUGGCCCAUGGCUCCCUGGGGAUUCUGGGCUGAGCCUGGGUAAGCCAAGCCCAGUGGCGCCCGCACCUCCGCCUCCGCCGGCCUGUUGAGUCACCUCCCGGCUGCUGCAGGAGGGGAAGGAAGUGUCCAUCACCUCAUUGUCCCAGCGGUUCUGGGUGGCUUCCUGACCCCUCACAGGGUGGGGGGAGCUGGAAAUCCCAUUUGUUCUGUGUGACCUUGGUGGCCGCUAGCCCCCUCCAUGCCUUGGUUUUCUCUCCUGAGUGCGGCAGUAGCCUGUGACAGGAGCGUGUGGUAAACUGAUGAAGGCAGAGCAGCACUGGAGGGCCCUGGCCUUUAGCUCCAGGGCCUCAUGUGCCAGAUUUGAAACACAUCUGGGCUCUGGGGACAGACCACGGUUGGGAUCCCGGAGUUAACCCCACUCCCCUCUCCGUGGUCCAUGAGGCCUCCCUGUGCUCAGCUCCUCACGCCGCCCUCAUUCCAGCCCCACCCACCACUUCCUGACCCUCAGGCACGCAGGGCCGAGGCCUGCGAGGCCGUGGCCUCUUCCUGGUGGACCCUCGGCCUUCCCUGGGCCUUGCUUAUGCAGUGGUGGUGGCGAUGGUGUUCCCCCAUAGGGCUGACGGCUGCAAAUCGGGCCCCGAAGGCAGUGGAGGCCCUGUUGUCACUGCUGUUUCCAGCGUGUGGCCUGCCAAGGCGGGUUUCCUGUUCUUGCCUCAUCCAGGCCUGUGGCUGUGCCAUGUGUCUGUUAACCCCCAGAUGACCCCUGGCUGGGGUUCCCAGGAAAUGGAGGCUUGGAGGGGCUUGGGGCUGCCUGGGGUCAACUCAGGGAGGCCCGGUUCAACCCCAGGACAGCCUGACCCCCUGCACGUGGCCCAGCCCCAAACUCACAGGGCCCAAUUGCCCCCAGGCCAGCGGAGCCUGCACCACCGCGGAGACACCCUGGAGACGCUGGUCCUCCUAAACCCAUCAGACAAGUCGCUGUGUGACGAGCUCCGGGACCUUCUGCUGGACCCUUCCCCUCACAAGCUGCUGGUGCUGGCUGGGCCCUGCCUGGAGGAGACGGGGGAGCUGCUGCUCCAGACGGGGGGCUUCUCGUCCCGCCACUUCCUCCAGGUCCUGGGGGACAAAGAAAUCCUGGAUCUCCUGGCCUCCGCACCCCCACACGCAGACCUGCCCAAGCUCACCAUCACCUGCCCAACCUUUGGUGACUGGGCCGAGCUGGUCCCCGAGGUGCCCGGCCUCCAGGGCAUGCUGCAGCUGCGGUUGAACCCUCCAGCACAGGGGCCGGCCUCUGAGGGCCUGCGUGAGUUUCUGGAGUACGUGGCCGAGGUGCUGGAGCCGCCAUCCCCCUUUGAGCUGCUCGAGCCGCCGGCCUCCGUGGGCUUCCUCAGGCUUGCCCGGCCCUGCUGCUACAUCUUCCCCGGUGGCCUCGGUGAUGCUGCCUUCUUUGCCGUCAACGGCUUCACUGUGCUGGUCAACGGCGGCUCGAACCCAAAGUCGAGCUUCUGGAAGCUGGUACGGCACCUGGACCGGGUGGACGCCGUGCUGGUGACCCACGCGGGCGCCGACAGCCUCCCCGGCCUCAACAGUCUGCUGCGGCGCAAGCUGGCUGAGCGUGACGAGGCAGUGGCCGGCGGGGGCUCCGGGGACGACAGGCUGCGCAGGCUCGUCUCGCCCAGCCUUGGGGUCGUCUUCUUCAACGCCCGGGUGGCUGCCUCGCGUCUGGUGCGUGGCGAGGAUGAGGCAGAGCUGGCCCUGAGCCUCCUGGCCCGGCUUGGCAUCACGCCCCUGCCUCUGACCCGCGGGCCGCUGCCCGCUGAGCCCACCGUGCUCUUCCAGAAGAUGGGCGUGGGCCGGCUUGACAUGUACGUGCUGCACCCGCCCUCGGCUGCUGCCGACAGACCGCCGGUCUCCGUGUGUGCCCUGCUGGUGUGGCACCCCGCGGGCCCCACUGAGAAAGUGGUGCGCGUGCUGUUCCCUGGCUGCACGCCGCCCACCCGCCUCCUGGAUGGCCUGGUCCGCCUGCAGCACUUGGGGUUCUUGCGGGAGCCUGUGGUGACCCCCCAGGACCUGGCAGGGCCUCGGCGAGCUGAGAGCAAGGAAAGUGUGGGCUCCCGGGACAGCUUGAGAAGAGAGAGCCGGAUGACAACACCUGCCAGGCCUGCCCAGGAGCGCCCUGCGGUGGCCCGGAAGGAGCCCCCACGGGCUGAGGCCCCUCGCAGGGCUGAGAAGGAGGCCAGGCCCCCCCGGGAAGUGAAGAAGGACCCCAAGCUGAGCACCCCUCGGACCCAGCCGCGGGAGGUGCGCCGGGCAGCCUCUGCUGUGGUCAGUGUCAAGAAGACCGGUGCCCAGGCAGCCCCCAAGCCCCGCAGAGCACCCAACACCCCCCACCCAGCUGUGCCACCAGCGGAGAAUGGGCCCCGCAGCCCCCCCAGCUUCCGGGGCCAAGAGGCCAGCCCACCCGCCGAGGCCUGCAGCUCCCCAGCCCCCCCACUGGUGGCAACACCCAGCCAGGAGAGCAGCCUGGAGCUGGGGCUGAGCCCAGCCGGGGAGGACGGCGGCAGCUUCGGGGAGAAGGCACUGGAGCUGCUGCUGGCCACCAGCAGCCCCCAGCCAUGCACACCCUCGCCCCCCGGAGCCCCCCAGGGCCCGACCGAGGGCAGCGGGCGGCUGUCCCUAAGCCCGCUGCGGGGCGGGGAGGCCGGGCCGGAUGCCUCACCCACAGUGACCACGCCCUCGCUGCCUGCUGAGGUGGGCUCCCCACACUCCACAGAGGUGGACGAGUCCCUGUCCGUCUCCUUCGAGCAGGUGCUGCCACCGCCAUCCGCCACCACGAGUGAGGCUGGGCUGAGCCUCCCGCUUCGAGGCCCGCGGGCACGGCGCUCGGCCUCCCCACAUGACGUGGACCUGUGCCUGGUGUCGCCCUGCGAGUUUGAGCACCGCAAGGCCGUGCCCCUGCUGCCGGCCCCAGCAUCCCCAGGCAGCUCCAACGACAGCAGCGCCCGGUCCCAGGAGCGGGCCAGUGCCCCAGGGGCCGAGGAGACACCACCCACAUCUGUCAGCGAGUCCUUGCCCACCUUGUCUGACUCAGACCCCCUGCCUGCCACCCCUGGCACUGCCGACUCUGACGAGGACACGGAGGGCUUUGGGGGCCCUCGCCGUGACCCCUUACCCGACCCCCUCAAAUUCCCCCCACCGCUGCCCACCCCACCGAGCAUCUGUAUGGUGGACCCUGAGAUGCUGCCCCCGGAGCAGGCCCGGCUGACAGAUGGCCUCAGCCGUGCGCGGAAGUCCCUGGCCCGCCCCAGCCCUGGCACUGCUGCCCCCAAAGCCUCUCCACUGACCACUGCCAAGACCAAGGGGCUGGCUGGUGGGGACCGGGCCAGUCGGCCACUCAGCGCCCGGAGCGAGCCCAGUGACAAGGGAGGUCGGGCACCCCUGUCUAGAAAGUCCUCGGUCCCCAAGACCACCAGUCGGGGCCCAUCUGGGUCAGGCGGCAGCCGGCCAGGUGCGUCAGCGGCUCCGCCCGGCUCCCCCAUCUACCUCGAUUUGGCCUACCUGCCGAGCGGGGGCAGCGCCCGCCUGGUGGACGAGGAGUUCUUCCGGCGAGUGCGGGCACUCUGCUACGUCAUCAGUGGCCAGGACCAGCGCAAGGAGGAGGGCAUGCGGGCCGUCCUGGACGCGCUGCUGGCCGGCAAGCGUCAGUGGGACCGGGACCUCCAGGUGACCCUGAUCCCCACCUUCGACUCGGUGGCCAUGCAUGAGUGGUAUGAGGAGACGCAUGCCCGGCACCAGGCGCUGGGCAUCACGGUGCUGGGCAGCAACAGCACUGUGUCCAUGCAGGACGAGGCCUUCCCUGCCUGCAAGGUGGAGUUCUAGCUCCGCCCCACCCCGCCCCGCCCCGCCUCGCCUGGGGGCUGCUGUGCUGUCCUGAGACUCACCUGCGUCGGAAAUAAACCAGGUCCUCUACUUG